UCCAAAGAGCGAAGCCAAUGACCUGCUACCGAUCCUUGUUGACCAGCGCGAAUCGAUGUGGAAGACCAAUUGCAUGUCCGAUGUCGAACAGGAAUGCGACAUCGGCAAUGACCCUGGUCCCAAAGCUGCCCCUCCACGCCAUGAUAUAGCCAAGCGCACGGUUCUGGAGUAUCUCGGCCCGCGCAAGGAUCUCGAGCGGGGCCUGUACAGAGAACCACAGUACAUGGUAUCGGAAGAUCCUCAAGCCGCAACCCCGCCUGAGAGUGUUCCAAAGCAGCACUUACUCCCGAGCCGCCAGUCGAGUCAGUCCGAGACACACGGCCCCGCCGAUGCCAAGCAGGGGCUCCACACCGUCGUAGCCACCGAUCCUCCGAAGCUUCAUCAUCCAUACACACGGAGUUCCUGCAAGAUAGGCAGCGACAGGCUGGAUAAUGUCAAUUGUGUGGAAGUCAAAGGCGUGGCCACCAAGGUCUUGGAGCGACAGCGGCCCGUCCAGAUUUCCAAAACGGCCUUGUCGCAUCAGUACCUCAGGGCCCAGGCAUCGAACCGAUCCCACGGUCCCAAAUCGACAUCAAUGUCAACACCAAAUCUCCCAGUCAGCGACAUCAGUUUGGAAAAGUCUCCCAGGAACACUGGAGCGGCAGCUACCCCACCAGCGGGACCUGACCAGUUCCAAGAGACUCGCAAUAUUCCCAUGCCGCCUGUGCAAGCCGCGGAAAUGGGGCCCCCUGGCAAGUCCGAGGGUCUAGAGUUUAUUUCGUCUGUGCAGCCCCUUCCAACCCUGGUUCCCAAGAACACAUCGACUCUUCCCCAGUGCAACACUCAGACAGACUCCCCCAGCAAGACCAAUGUUGAGAACAAACCUUUCAAGUUCCUACGCCGCUCGCGCCCCUUCAUCCGACAUGCGAAGCUGGCAGACUUGCCCAAGAGCCGUACCCGGACCCCCGCAAAAGCCGAUAGCCUGCCAGAGAUUGCGGACUCGUUCAAGUCUCCAGAGUGCAGGGCAUCCCCUGUCCGGGAUGAACCGCUGAUCCAAUUUGAGUUCACCGCCGCCAUCAUGCGCGAUGUCGAUAUCAUCAACGGCGAAUUGGAGCCGUGGUCGGAAAAGUUCCAGGAAGUGCUGCUCCCACCCGUCGUUCCUCUCGCGCCGCCGCCAACUUCAGACCCAGACUCCAAACGUGCCAAAUCCCGCAGGGCCGAAGCCGAGGAGCUGCGAACAAGCCGUGAUGUGCCCACAGACAGUCUGGAGACACCCCGACCGCCCAGAACCUCGCAUUACCUUGACAAACCCAUCGAAACAAAUGUGCCCGUCAGUCCAACCAACCUUGCAAAGUCUACCGUCUCAAAUCGAUUAGAGGAAAGCUCUGGAUCAAGCAACGACUCGCCAAGUGCUGCUCUGGAGCCACGGCCUGCAACUCCGCAGCUCAACAGCAAGGGCGAUCCAGAGCCAUCCCAGCCAAAGCCACCCACCAAGGCGUCGAGAGAGCCAAAGUCGACCGCACAGUCAGUCAAGCCCGGAGUCACUACAGAGUCAGCGAUCGAUGACGAUUGGAGUAAACAAAGGCUGAUCGCUACCUUGACAAUGAAGGAGCUCAAGAAGCUGUUCCCGCCCCUUAUCAAGCAGUACUACGAUAAUCGCAAGCUGGAGCCCAAGUCCAGCAUCAUCGUUCCGCGAACCGAGUCGAAACGAAGCCUCCACACACGACAUUCUCAUUCCAAACCGGCGGCGGCGCACUCGGAUGUCGAUGUGCAAAAGAAUACAUCAACGCUGCCGCCCCGGGUGACGACAUCCUCUGCUUCUAAGCUAUCCGUCACCACUUCCACCAAGCUUCCUCAGAUUCGGUACUCUUUUGCCUCGUUGCCGCCCAACUCACAAGCGGAAUUCGCUCUGGUCCAUCGUGCGAUGGCAAGCCUGGCUGAUCUCUCUCCCAGCCGAACUCCUGCAUCAACACCGAAUACACACCGAUCGUUGCCACGACUACCGGAUACCUACCGACACGCUUCCCAGCACCACCCAAAACUGAGUAUCGAUCAAGCCUCAUUAAUACCGCUUAAUGCCUCGGCGACUUUUCCGAAAGUUCCGGCACCUUCGCAUAAGAAUGCCGUUUCGGAUAGACACGCAGUACACUCUCGAAGGUCAUAGCUCCGUUGCGUUCAGCCCAAGUUGAUUCAUGCCCGUCGAUC